AUGGAUUCCGACGAGGCUCCUCCUCCAUACUCCGCCGUCGAUCCCUUACUCGCGCCGACAGUCAAUAAUAGAAAUAACAAUGGGUCGGCGGAGACAGCUCGUACCUUUCUUCGUCUUCGCGGAGGUGAAGCGUCGUUGAGCGAUAUCGCGUCCAGAGAUGGCUCCACAGCUUCCGUUGAUGGUUCCUCAGCGGCGUCUUUGGCCCUCCCAGCCAACUUCGCAUCCGCUACGGCCUACUUCAUAGAGCGACCUCCAACUAAUUUUAGCGAGGAACGGCCUACUCUCUCGCACCUUCUCACCAUCUACCCACGGAGCCAAUCUAAAGACUUUCCCCGGCGUCCUCGGUGUUGGAGCCCUCGGACGGCGGAGAUUACCCAGCAGGACUGGGACAUGUUUCUAAAAUAUCUCUUUCCUCCGCAUCUGGGGCUUGCAGCAUCGUCAGCUCACUUGCCUCGGCAGCUGAGAGCCGAGAUACAAAGAGAUCGAAAAGAUCGCCCCCAAGAGACCGAUGAGCAACGCAGGCUGCGCAUCGCAGCUGUGAUUGAGGAAUGGAACGAAUGCUUUUUUGAGCCUCGUGCAAGUCGCAUCGAAUUCAUUUAUGUGACGGAAUCGGAGAAUGCGCCUGUCUCUCCAUUAUGUCCUCGUUGUUACCCUGCCGCGACUAGGGCAACGCGGGCGAACCGGUCAACGCAGGCACAAGAAGCUGGGGGAAAUUCCUCAUCCGUCCCCGCGGGCAUGUUGCCAACCGUCGCAGGGCAACAGACAGCGCCACCAGCAAGCGGUGCAUACGCACCUGGAAUAUUCCCGUACCCAACUCCGCAGAUGCCUCCUGCUCCCUACCCACCAUAUGGUCCUCCUGUCUUCUUUCCUGGUAUGGUUCCUAAUACCCCUCCGCCUCCUCCUGCCACUCAUGCAUAUCCUUACCCUCCUCAACCCCCUUCACAAUAUCAGCAGCCUCCCUCGUGGGGCUGGAACAAUCCUCCGUAUGGUCCGCAGUACCAGUACUCGAGCACCUCCAAAGGUGGUCCUCUUGGCUGGUUAUCAUCGCUGGCAUCGCAUGCGCAGAAGUACAGUGAGCGCAUUACGGAGCAAGCGCAACAUUAUGGAAGGCAGGUCGAAGAGCAAGCCAUGGCUCAUGGACGCUGGAUAGAGGAGAAGGCCGGACUUAACAGUCGAAAGCUUGAGGACGUUUUUGGCGGCCUCUCCAGCCCGCCCCGUGUGGAAUAUCCUACGAACAAUCCGCAAGCGCAAGGCUUUUACGCCCAUGGCUACGGUUACCCGCCAGUCAAUGUGGUGUCAACUCAACCCGUGACCCCACCGAUCACUCAGGCUACUCAGCCCGCUCAGCCUGCUCGUAGAACAUCAGUCGGCUCUAUUUCAUCUGAGUCAUCGUUUUCAUCGAUCGAUUCGAUAUCGACGACGUCUGACCUCAGUUCGACCGAUUUGGCGACCGUUCGAGCACAGCUUCAAUCUCUUAAUAACCAUCACGACCGUGAGCUAUAUGAAGCGGCAGUUGGUCUUCGGCGUCAACUCGACGUUUUGCGCGAUUCCCGUCGCCAAUCUCGUAUUUCUGGAAGAGGCAAUUGGAGAAAUGGGCAGCAAGGGCACUGCCGUGGCAGCUGGGGCCGGUGGGAGUCACCGCAGGAACAGCAGCGAAGCUCUGCUGAGAGACGUGCCCUGAAGGAGGAGGUGAGAGCCACCAAGAAAGCAUUCAAGGAUGUGUUCCGUCGUGCCAAGGAUGAACAACGGGAACGACGGCGGAUCAAGCGUAACCGCUGGCGUCAGGAACGACGAUUGCGCCAAACAUCAAGGGAGAACGAGCAUCCUCUCGAAACUCCUCUGGAGCAGCAGCUGCAGAAUCUAGAACUGAGCAAUAGCCAGGAGAGUGGGACAAUGGUUCGCACAGGCGCAUCACAUGCGUCCCCACGGCGAUCUAUGAGUUCUGAGGCCAGUGGGAUUAGCUCAAUAAACACUCCAGGCACUGGAUCCGAUAGCGGCAGUCCCCGCGAAGGCGUAAAUCCGGCGCACACAGAAGAAAGCAAAGAGCAGAAGCAAGGCGAGUCCUUGAGAGGAACUAAUAAUUUUCCGCCGAAAAAAGACAAAGGUGCUGGCUCAAACGAUGCAUCCUGA